CACGUGGCCGCGCAGCCGCCCAUUGGUCGAGGCGGCGAGGUCAAAGGUCGGGGCAGCAGCUGAUUGUGAUGCUGCUGAGUUGUUCCGGGAAGGAGGAGAGGACCCCUCCAUUUCAUCAAGAAGAACCAGCCCAGCAGCCAACCAACAUUCAGGGCCCCGAUAUUCACCAUUAAGUACAACGCACCCCCUUGUCAAUUGCCCCCUGAUUUUCCUUGAAGGGCCUGCUCCCCCACACCCCCCUCCACCCCCAUCCACCCACGCUCUCCAAUUUACGGACGCGCAGCUCCCAUAACUUCCUCUUAGGGAUCCCAACUCCUCGUUAAAGCACCUCCCCCCCCCCCCCCCAGCUGCCCCGCACUCCGCUCCUUCGAGUCCGUGUAGUGCUCCCCCGACCAACUCAUUUUCAACCCGUGUUUCACGCGUGACCAUGACGGGUCUUUUUUUCAAGAGCGUUAAGAACCAACGCAGCGGCGGUGGCGGUGACGAUGGUGGCGACGGUGGUGGCGACGGUGGGAACGACGCCGCGCCACUGCUGCUGCUGCCGCCGCUUCCUCGUGUCGGCGGCGAACAGACGACUACGACUACGACGACGGCGGCGACGACGGCGGUGAUGGUGGUGACCUCCUCGGUAGCGCGGAGGCGCAUGCUAGCGGUGCUGGCGGUGGUGCUGGUGCUGCUGCUGGCGGUGAACGUGUGCGUGGUGUGGUCCGAACACAAUUCGUCACGGCCGUUCCGCCCACCAGCACCUGCACGGCCACGACCAGGCAACGCUUCAUCACCCUCAUCAACAUCAUCAUCCACAUCAUCAUCUUCAUCAUCAUCAUCGUCGUCGUGCUCGUCCGUCGCCGAGUCCUGGCGCUUCGACUGCUAUCCCGAACGAGGCGCCGUGGUGACGGAGGCGAUGUGCGCCGCCCGCAACUGCUGCUACGUUCCCGUGGUGACCAGAGAGGGUGCAAGCAACGGCGGCAGCCGCGGCAUCGGCGUGCCGUGGUGCUUCUACGGGCCGGGCUACGGCCUGUACGUGGCGCCGGCGGGCGGCUGGGUGGAGACGCCGCUGGGCAUGGAGGGCAACCUGACGCUCGUGGCGCGGAGCCCCUACCCGCGCGACGUCGCCACCGUGCGGCUCAGCGUCGCCAUGGAAACUGACAGCCGCCUGCGCAUACGGCUGACGGACGCGACGGCGCCGCGCUUCGAGGUGCCGGUGUCGGUGCCAAACGUGUCGCGCCGCGCGCCCAGCCAGCUGUACCGCGUGGAGCUCACGCAGGAGCCGCCCGGCGUCCUCGUCGUGCGCCGCUCCACCGGGGCCGUGCUGAUCAACACCACGGUGGCGCCGCUCGUGUUUGCCGACCAGUUCCUAUCCCUGUCGACGCGGCUGCCCACGACGCAGAUCUACGGGCUCGGGGAGCACCGCGCCGGCCUCCGCCAAGACGUGAACUGGAACCGGCUGUCGUUCUGGGCACGGGACAACCCCCCGACGGAGUCGACAAACCUGUACGGUGCCCAUCCAGUCUACCUGGCCCUGGAGGCCGGUGGAGCGGCACACGGAGUCUUCCUGCUCAACAGCAACGCCAUGGAUGUGGUGCUGCAGCCGGCGCCGGCCGUGACGUGGCGGACGAUCGGAGGGAUCCUCGACCUCUACGUGUUGCUCGGCCCCACCCCCGACGCCGUCGUACAGCAGUACACCGAGGUCGUAGGGCGACCGGCCUUGCCCCCGUACUGGGCCCUGGGUUUCCACCUCUGCCGCUGGGGCUACAACAGCAGCGACGGCACCAUGAGCACCGUGCGCGCCAUGAGGGCGGCAGGGAUCCCGCAGGAUGCACAGUGGAACGAUAUCGAGUACAUGCACAAGCGGCUCGUGUUCACGUACGACACGAAGGCCUUCGCGAGCCUCCCGGCCAUGGUGCAAGACCUGCACGCGCACGGCCAGAAAUACGUUGUCAUCUUGGACCCAGGGGUGAGCAGCUCCCAGCCGCGUGGCACGUACCCAACGUUCGACGCCGCGCUCGCGCGCGGCCUCUUCAUCAACAACACCGACGGCACGGCUCCUCUCAUUGGAAAGGUGUGGCCGGGUGAGACGGCGUUCCCGGACUUUACGAACCGUGCGACGCAUCGCUGGUGGUUGGAGAACCUCAAGUCCCUGCACGACCUCGUGCCCUUCGACGGGCUGUGGAUUGACAUGAAUGAGCCAUCUAACUUUGUGGACGGCUCGCUGGACGGGUGUCCCAAUAACGAGCUGGAGAACCCUCCCUACACUCCUGCCGUGCAUGGAGACUCUCUGAAGGCAAAGACGAUCUGCGCGUCUGCGCGGCAGUCCAUCUCCUCCCACUACAACCUGCACAACCUAUACGGGCUGACCGAGGCCAUGGUCUCCUACAGUGCGAUGGUGGAGCUCAGGGGCAGGAGGCCGCUGAUCAUCUCCCGCUCCACCUUCCCGAGUCACGGCCACUAUGCUGGUCACUGGCUCGGUGACAACCGCAGCACGUGGAAGGACCUGGCCUGCUCGAUAGCCGGCGUCCUGAACUUCAACCUCUUCGGCGUGCCGCUGGUCGGAGCCGACAUCUGUGGCUUUAAUGGCGACACCAACGAGGAGCUGUGCGUGCGGUGGAUGCAGCUCGGAGCCUUCUACCCAUUCUCCCGCAACCACAACACCAUCGGCGCCGCCCCCCAGGACCCCACGGUGUUCUCGGCCGCUGCUCAGGCUGCGAUGCGGCGCGCGCUACUCACGCGCUACUCGCUGCUGCCGCUGCUUUACUCGCUCUUCAUGGGCGCUCACCAGAGCGGAAGCACCGUGGCACGGCCUCUCUUCUUCGAGUUUCCGCACGACGAGCAGGCGUACGCCAUCGACCGGCAGCUGCUGUGGGGGCCGGCGCUCCUUGUCUCGCCGGCGCUGGAGGAAGGCGCGCGGUCCGUGCAGGCCUACCUUCCGCCCGGCACGUGGUACGACUUCUACACGGGAUCGGCGAUCCGGAGCAAAGGGGAGAACUUCACCCUCGACGCUCCGCUCGACAAAAUCAACCUGCACCUGCGCGCCGGCUUCAUCGUGCCCAAACAGGUCCCCGACACGACGAGCAACGCGAGUCGCGGGAAUCCCCUGGGCAUCGUGGCUGCGUUACGGCCACCGGAGUCCGGCAAGGGUGACGAUGGCGGAGGGGAAGAGGAGGAGGAAGAGGAGGGGGCCCAAGGGGACCUCUUCUGGGAUGACGGGGAAACCCCAGGGCCCCUGCAGAGCGGCCGAUACUGGGCCCUCAAAUUCAAGGCUACGCAGAGCACGCUGCACUCCACCGUGCUGCAUGCCGCACCCGGCACUCCACUGCCCCCGCUCGGCUCCGUCUCCGUGAUGGGCGUCCCCCGGUGCCCCAACCACGUACGCCUCAACGGAGGCGACGUUUCCUUCUCCUACACCAGCAGCACGCAGGUGUUGUCCGUGUCGAACCUCACCGUGCCACUGUCCGAGGCCGUCACGUUGGAGUGGCAGUGAAGACACGCGCGCAAGCACAUGCGCGUAACGCACAAACACGCGCACACAUCCCUACACACAAAUUGGUACCCGCAUACACGCGCACAGACACGCGCGCACAGCACGUGCACCUACACUCGCACAGAACUGAAAUUCUCUGAUAGAUUUUUUUUUGUCUAUCGUCGUGUAUGGCAAGGUGUAACGAGCAACGUUAGCGUGUUGCGCUACGAACCCGGCGACCCGAGUUCAAUUCCCGCUCAUGGCCAACACCACGUGACAAUUAUCUGAAUCAGUCAUGGGCCUCCCCUAGCUCGACUCGGCCUCAAAUGAGUACCCGGAGCG